AGAUAGGCCCGCCUAACAAUGUAUAUAGUGUGACAACGCGAGAAAAUCUGCACAAAUGUUUAUUAAUUGUACAUAAACAAAGAAAAAGAUAUUGAAAUGAUAUGAAAAACAAUCGCGAAACAAUAAAAAUGUAAAAAGUUGGCUGGCGAUGCCGUAAGAUAAUAGAAACAUGCAUUUUUCUAUACCAGACACGCAGGACCUGGGCUCGCCCACGUACACUGUGUAUAAUAUACACAUAAAUGGGAGUUAUCAUUGUUGCUUGCGGUACAAGCAACUGCAUUCCUUAAACGAGCAAAUGCGUCGGCAUUGCUCCAGCUUGAGUCUGCCUCCUUUUCCCCCAAAAAGGUUUCUACCGCUAACUAAUGGACAGCUGGAGGCCAGACGCAGUGGUCUGGAGCAGUAUUUGCAGAUCAUUGGUCAGGAUGCACGCCUUGUUCGAUUGCCGUUUCUACAUCAGUUCUUCCAGCGUGCCCAGCUGGAUACGGCACUGGCCGAGGGCAAUGUGGGAAGCGACAGCGAGGAAAAGCAGCUAGAGGUAGAGGUCUACACAAAUCCGAAUGGAGCACAGUUGCUGGUUAAUUGUAAUGUGCAGCAGAAUGCCAGUUUGUUACUGAAGAGCGUGUGCCGUGAACUGAAGCUCCCAGAAGAGCUGAUGAAGUUGUUUUGUCUGUACCUGAUGCGCAAAAAGCGGGAAUCUGACGAGCUGGUUCUGGUGCGACGCCUAAUGGACUUCGAGUCGCCAUACAUAACACGUCUCCAUGCCCAGCCCUGUGAGCUGUUGCUUCGCACGUGUUACUGGGAUUCGAGCUGGGAUGCCAAGCUAUACGGAAAUAAAGUGGCCCUGAACUUGCUGUAUAACCAGACCGUGGCGGAUGUGAGUAGAGAAUGGAUUGUGAUCUGCUCGCCUGGCCUUGGACGGCAAUUGAGCCAUCUUCAGAUGCAAGGGCGGUCUUUGGAAUACAUGGACAUAGUGCGAGACUUGCCCUCCUACGGAUGCCUGCAGUUUGAGGCGGCGAAUGUUGACUAUCCUGACCCGAAAACUAUGGCUUUGGUCAGCAUUGGUAACAAGGAGCUCAGCUUGCGUACGGCACGAGGCGCCAAGAUAUACGAGACAAAGUUUCGGGUGACUAGGAUGCGCUCAUGGCGUGUCAGUGUGACCCACAAUACGCUGGAGUCGAGGCUUGAGCCCUCACAGUUGCAGUUGGCAUUUGAGUAUUUGAUUUCGAAGCAAACGCUUCGCUGGAUAACUAUAAGCAGUGAACAGGCAAUGCUGAUGUCUGUAUGCCUGCAGGCCAUGGUGGAUCAGUUGUUGCACGGCGGAGGCGGGAAAACAGAUCAGAAUAGCGAUGAUGAACCGGACGCGGGAGCUACAUCGGCCGCAUCAACACCCAGCUCGGUAUCAUCGACAUCGACUUGUGCAUCUACGUCGUAUUCGACAACGACAGCGUCUAUAACAACGCCGCCAGUCAAGUUUCUGGCACAGGACCUGGCUCCCAAAUCAAAACAGCAGAGACUAACGACGUCCCGCACUUUUGGGGCUGUGUUCUUUCGCAACGAUGGGGAGGACGGUGCACGUGUGGCCAACGAAGCGUUUGAGGGUAUUGGGGACGACGAUCUCUGAAUAACGCUAGCCAAAUGAAUGGGUGCCAAACUAGUUGAAUUUCUUGAAUAUAUAACUAUCCGCAUGUUUUGUAACCACUGUAAUGUAAUUGUUAGCAACACAAAUCGAACCCGCACAUUUAAAGUAACACAGUUAGUAAUUUUUGAGUGUAUAUAACUUUAUUUUCUCGGCUGCUUGUGAAUCCUAAGGGAAAAUGUAUGAAAUGGGAAUUUUAUUGUAUAGAACCGGUGAUGUAUUGAUGAAUGCUCAACAAGAAAGCGUUUUCUUACCAUUUAUUAUUUAUAAGAAAUGUUGAAUUAUUAUAAAUUCUCUGUAAAUGAACCUUUUUGGACACAUUUGUAACCUUAUUGCUUAUUGUUUAACUCUUAUUGUAAUAUAUGUAUGUGAAUCUUUUUACGUUUCCUCUUAGAAUAAAUACGUUAUGCAUUUGGA